GAAGAACGGCGAGCUGAAGAGGGGCAGCCGCCGACAGCCAGGUGCAGACGCUGCAGGAGGAGCUAGAUGAGCUGAAGGGAGGGGGCUCCCUGCCUUAGCAGCCUGCUGCCCCCAGCCAAGGGUAAGCACUUCAGCUGGGGUACAAUAGGUUAUUGGAGGCCAAGUGACAGACCCUGCGACUCCUGAUUCCCAGUGCACGGGCAGCCCUCUCAGCCCAUUGGACAUAAAUGGUGGUGGUGUUUGUGAAGCAUCUGGCUGGCAGUGUGGAAGGAAUGGAAUCUUAAACCAGUCAGUGGGGGAUCGCCUGAUGAGCAGCAGUUUGGUGGCAGCAGUGGGAUUCAAAGGACUCAUCUGAUGGCUUCGGAGAUGAGAAACACAGGCAUUGCGCCAGCUGCAGAGCUCCAGCCGGCGGCAGAAGCAGGGCAGUGGACAGUGGUGGAGGUAGAGCUGGCUCCAGCUCCGUCAAUACCACCCCCUCUAGCGCUGGAGCCAGCGUCCCCUCCAUCAGCAGUGUUGGAGCUGGAGCAAGGGCCCACGUCGGCUCCAGCAGGAGUGGGAGCUGCUGAGCUGGAGUCACCUGGACCAUCAUUUCUAGUGGGAAGUCCAUCUCCACCUGUGGCCAUUAAGGAGGAUGAGAAGAAGCCUAACUUCACGGCCUUCCCUCCUAAGCUGGUGGCGGAGCUGUUGACCGUGAUGGAUGUGGAGUGCGAGAUCCUGAAGAACUUCUCCUCACUCCGUGCUGUCAUCUCUGCUCUGCAGAAAACCUCCAUAAGCCACCUGAAGAACAAGUGGGUGGAUGUUUCCCAGUGGGUAGGCCCCUCUCCAUAG